GAUGUACAGAGCCUUUAAACAAGAAACGCAUAUGCAGCUCAAAGCUGUAAUUAUUGUAGGAUCAGUUCGGCAAAAUAGACUGGCAGAUCGAGUUCUGAAAAUGAUUUUGGCAACUAUACAGAAUAGUUAUGAAUGUGAUGUAAUUGAUCCACUGGUAAUGCCAUUUGGCUUUGUAAAAACACCAAUAUUCCAUUAUGAUGAAGAGCGCAAUGGGGCUCCUCAAUGGUUGAUAAAGGCGGAAAAAUUAAUAAAAGAAUCGGAUGCAAUAGUCGUGAUAACACCAGAAUACAAUCACUCACUUUCGCCAAUAGCUGCAAGUAUAAUCGAUCACUUUGGAGUUGAUACUUAUAAGUGUAAAGCCAGUGCAGUUGUCAGUUAUUCAAUUGGAAAACUCGGUGGUAUUAGAGCAGCAGAUCAAGGCAAAAUUCUUUUGAAUAAACUUGGAGCUAUAUGUGUUCCUCAUGUACUUUCCAUUUCUGAGGCAGACAAAAAAAUUUCUCAGCAUGGAGUAAUUUUAAACAAAUCUCUUUUGAUUUCUCUAAAGAAAUUAAUGAAGGACCUAAAAUGGUAUACGAUGGCGUUCAAAACUCAGAGAGAACGUUUCGGAGAACUAAAUUAA